AUGGUUUCCCAUAGAGAGUUUGCCACUGCAGGGAAACAGCCCGGGCUGCAGCUGUGGCGUAUUGAGAACCUUGACCUGAAGCCGGUUCCUAAGGCUCUGCACGGCAACUUUUACACCGGAGAUGCUUACCUGCUGCUCUACACCACCAAGGCACCGUCAUACAACAUACACAUGUGGCUGGGUGACGAGUGUUCCAAUGACGAGAGCGGGGCAGCGGCCAUCUUCGCCACACAGCUGGAUGACUUCCUGGGCGGUUCCCCCGUGCAGUACAGAGAGGUGCAGAACUGCGAGUCCAAGACCUUUCUGGGCUACUUCAAAUCGGGCAUCAAGUAUCAGAGAGGAGGCGUGGCUUCAGGUUUUCAGCACGUGGUGAUCAACGACAUGAACGUGAAACGCCUCCUGCACAUCAAGGGUCGUUGGGCCAUCAGGGCCACGGAGGUGGAAAUGUCCUGGAGCAGCUUCAACAAGGGUGACUGCUUCAUCAUCGACCUGGGGAAGGACGUGUAUCAGUGGUGUGGCAGCGAGUGUAGCCGCUACGAGAGGCUGAAGGCCUCCGAGGUGUCCAUCGACAUCAGAGACAACGAGAGGAACGGCAGAGCCAAGCUGCACAUGGUGGAGGAGGGGGAGGAGCCAGCAGAAGUCAUCGAGGCCCUGGGUCCUGUAACAGCCAUUGCUCCCAGCACUGUUGAUGAUCAGAAGGUUGACACCUCCAACAGGAAGAAGGGCGCCCUCUACAUGAUCUCUGAUGCUUCUGGGAGCAUGAAGAUUUCUGUUGUGGCUCCAUGUAGUCCCUUCAAGCAGGCCAUGUUGUCUCCUGAGGAGUGCUACAUCCUGGACAAUGGAGUGGACAGGAACAUCUUUGUGUGGAAAGGUCCCAAGGCCAACACAACAGAGCGAAAAGCAGCCAUGUCUGCUGGUCAGCAGUUCAUCAAAGAAAAAGGCUACUCCAACAAAACACAGAUCCAGGUUCUUCCUGCAGGGGCUGAGACUACUCUGUUCAAGCAGUACUUCGCUGACUGGAGGGACAAGGACGAGACUACAGGCCCCUCUAAAGCCUACACCAUCGGCAGCAUCGCCAAAAUCCCACAAGUGCCCUUCGAUGCCUCCACCUUGCACUCCAAUAAAGCCAUGGCCGCCCAGCAUGGCAUGGUGGACGAUGGCAAGGGCAAAGUCCAGAUCUGGCGUAUUGAAAAUAGGGACAAAGUACCUGUGGAGCCCUCCAACUAUGGUCACUUCUAUGGCGGGGACUGUUACCUCAUCCUCUACAGCUACAGGACAGGAGGCCGAGAGCAGCACAUCAUCUACACAUGGCAGGGGCUGAAGUGCACGCUGGAUGAACUGACUGCUUCGGCCUUCCCCACUGUAAAACUGGAUGACUCCAUGGGUGGAGCCCCGGUUCAGGUGAGAGUGACUCAGGGUCAGGAGCCCCCACAUCUGAUGAGCCUGUUCCAGGGGAAGCCCAUGAUCAUCCACAGCGGAGGGACGUCCCGCAACAGCGGUCAGUCUAAGAGCGCCGCUACUCGUCUGUUCCACAUCCGACAGAGUUCUUCCCGGACCACCAGGGCUGUGGAGGUGGAAGCCUCCGCGUCCAACCUGAACACCAACGAUGUGUUUGUGCUGAAGACCCCGAGCUCUCUGACUGUGUGGCGAGGCGUGGGAGCCAGCGAUGAGGAGAUGGCUGCUGCCAAACAUGUCGUGGACUUUCUUGGUGGUGGCGCCAGCAACGUGUCAGAGGGCAAAGAACCAGCUGACUUCUGGUCUGCUCUUGGUGGAAAGAAGGAAUACCAGACCUCCAAGAGUCUGCAGAACAUGCUCAAACCUCCACGUCUGUUCGGCUGCUCCAACAAAACUGGACGACUCAUUGUUGAAGAAGUUCCGGGAGAUUUCACUCAGUCAGAUCUGGCCACCGAUGAUGUCAUGAUUCUGGAUACAUGGGAACAGCUUUUCCUGUGGGUUGGCAACGAAGCAAAUGCAGAGGAGAGACAGGGAGCUCCCAAAAUAGCAAAAGACUACGCCGAUUCCGACCCAUCUGGUCGUAAGGGACUUCCCAUCACUACCAUCAAACAGGGAGCAGAACCUCCGACUUUCAUUGGCUGGUUCCAAGCUUGGGAUGCCAAAAUGUGGGAGACAGAUGCAUUGGACAAAAUGAAGAAACGUUUCUAAACAUUUGCAACAUUUGGGGCUGCCAUAGCCAUUACAGCUCUCUGUUAAGCACUUCCUGUGUCUUCUAUGUCUUUUUUUACCUCCAAUCAGUCCCUAAGUGCCAAAGCUUGUUUGCAAUCAGCAUGAUCAGGUAGAAAAAAGCUGCAGUUAUGCCUCAGUCUCAAGAAAAUAAAGCAUGACAUCACCAGUUAAAUGACUUCCUUUUAUAUUAUUACCCCUUUCUGUUUAUUAAAGGAAUACAUUUCAUUUAGCUCAAAAUCAUUAUUUCAUUUUUUAAUCUGUUUGCUGUCUGUAGGAAAUUCCACUGUCAUGCUGUUGUCUUCAAGCCACGAGCUAGUACAUUAGCUGGUAACUGUUUACUCCAUUUCUCCACUGUGUUUACUAGUGGUGUGUUUUGCACUUAAUUAGAUUGCAUGCUGUAUUUUUAUUUUCCAUGAAUGCUUUGUGCUUAUGUAUUUUAAAAAAGAAGAGUUACAGGCACGUUGACUGUGUCCUCACUCAAUAAAAGACCACUGAAAUACUG